AUGGAUUCGCAGUCAGACGUCGCCGGAUCGGUGGCGUCGGGCAAGCCCAAGCCCAUGGACUUCAGCCAUCUGUACUCGGAGGUGACCAAGCAUCGCCAGCCCAGUAAGAUGAAGGAGUACUACAAGUUCUUCGAGAUACCCGGAAUCGGUAACCUUGCAGGUGGGCUGCCGAAUGUCCAAUUCUUCCCAUUCGACACCCUCGAAGCCCAGACAGCCAAACCAGACCGAUGGACACCCUCGCCAAACCACCCAGAUGAGGAGCUAGUCCAGCCAAUGUCCGCGACCAAGAUCUCCUCCUCCCCCUCUUCCGACGACUUCGUUGCCUCACACAUCACAGUACCGAAGGUGCUUUCUGAGAAGAAUGCUCUCAAAAAGAUCGAUUUGGCAACGGCAUUGCAGUACGGCCUCGCCCAGGGCUACCCUCCCCUGUAUUCGUGGAUAAGGCAAUUCGCUACUCAGCACUUGCACCCAAACAUUCCCUAUGAGGGCGGUGCGGACGUCUGUCUGACGGUCGGCUCCACAGACGGAUUCUCCAAGACACUUGAUCUGUUCGUCAACCCGUGGAGCCCAGAGAAGGACGACAUUCGCGAUCGACCGGGUUUGCUGAGUGAGACAUUCAUGUAUGGAAACAUCCUCAGCCAGUCGAUGCCACGGGGCGUGCAGAUUGUUCCAGUCAAGGCAGACGAGGGUGGGAUGGUGGUUGAAGGACCGGAUGGCCUCGAGGACGUGCUCGCAAAUUGGGACGAGGCGACGGGCAAGCGUCCUCACCUCUUAUACACAGUAUCAAUGGGUCACAAUCCCACGGGAAUAGUACUUUCUGUCGAGCGCCGGAAGGCUAUCUAUGAAGUGUGCAGCAAAUACGAUGUAAUAAUCGUAGAGGACGACCCGUACUGGUAUUUGCAGUUUCCUUCUGCCGAAAUUGAAGAGGCAAACUCUAGGAACAGGGUUGUGGCAGAAGAGGCACCGAAAUAUACACCAGAGAACUCUUCUGGCUAUGACUUCCUGGACUCAUUGACGCCGUCAUUUUUGAACUUCGACACAGAUGGACGUGUUGUCCGACUUGACACCUUUUCAAAGACUGUCGCCCCGGGAUGCCGUCUGGGCUGGAUCACAGCACAGCCAGACCUCAUUGAGAGAUACGUCCGGAUUGGUGAGACAUCAACUCAGCAACCAUCUGGAUUCGUGCAGAGUGUUAUCGCCGAGCUGGUCAUGGGUACUCAGCCGCCUGCGGCCGAGGCAGCUUUCCGUGCUCUGCGCUCCAAUAAGGAGAAGUCCACCUUCAGUGGAUGGAAGAUGGACGGUUGGGUGCGCUGGCUCGAGGGCCUCCGCGGCGAGUAUGAACGACGCAUGAACAAGAUGUGCCGCAUCCUUGAUGAGGGCUGCUUCCAGCUGAAGCAAGGCACUCCUCGCAGCGCCGCUGAUGCUGACUGGGGCGUCAUCACCAAGACACAGCUUUACGAGUUCAGCUGGCCGCGAGGUGGAAUGUUCAUUUGGCUCCGGAUGUUCUUUGAAGAUCACCCACUUUGGGGGGCCGUUGGCUCUGACGGAACGCCGGUCGACGGCACGGCGCUAUCCACUGGUUUGAUGAUAUUUUUGACGACCAAGCCGUACCUUGUGCUGGUGUCCCCGGGCAUGAUGUUCAGUGCCACAGAUGAGAUUCGUAGAGAUGCGGGUUGGGCGUAUUAUCGUCUAUGUUUCGCAGCUGAAACAGACGAGAACAUAGAGAGGUGUUCGAAGGCUUUCACAGAAGGUGUUCAGAAGUUCUGGCGUAUGAAGAACGUUGAGGAGUUAGAGGAGCUCAUCAAGAAGAGUCCCGUUGCUGCAGCCGAGGAGGCCGGCGAUGAGUUGCAGAAUAUCGGGACUUGGUUGGGUUGUUAA